UUCUGGACAUUUUUCCAUUGCUCCCUCUUUGGGAUGUCAAUAAAAAAAAUUACGCUAUUAUCAUCAGCUGAUUCAUGAUAUUUUUUUUUAUUGUAUCAUCAAACACUUGUUCAAGGACUAAUAAGGAUUAAUUAGGAGGCUAUGUUUGACAGUAUUGUUCAAGUCAUGCAAUGUAAUAAUUACUGAUGUUAAAAAUCUUUUCAAUCACUUUCCGGUUGACAUUGGCAAGGCUGUAGACAAACACUGAUUCAGUACUUCCAGAGAGUCGACUCCAGCACACACAGAAAAAUCAAAAAAGACAGUUCUGAAAUGACUUCUAAAGUGCUUGUGAAACUGCCAACAGUUCCAUUUUCUCAAGGAAAAAAAUCAGCUGAGUUGAUGACAUUAUCUGCAAGAAAUGAGGGUGUUUCGACUCCAGUACGUUCUCAACAGGGUAUUAAUGGAGAAAGGACAGCACAAUUGGAACAAAACAUCAAAUUUCUUCAAGAACAGCAUCAAGCAACGCUUCUUUCAUUACAUCAAGAAAUAGAAUCUCUUCGUCAACGAAAUAGAGAUUUACAAUUUCAACUGGUGUUUAAUAAAGGAACUAUUUCUGCAACUAGUAGCCCAUCAUCUCCAGAAGAUAAUUCGAAUGGGUUCAUCAAACCUAAGGGAAGCCCAGUUUGUGUCAAUGUUACUCCUCUACAGAUCGAACUCCUGGAACGUGAUCUAGAAGAACUGAAAGUUUCUUUCAAUGAAGCAAAAAAGCAAAAUUUUCAACUUCAAGAAGUCAUUGAAAAUCAAAAGAUAAAGUUAGAACAGGCAGAGAAAGAGAAAGAGAAACUCCCAUCGACUGAGGCUGGAAUUCAAGUGGGAGAAGCAUCAGAAGCAGUACAAAACGAUUUAGCAGCACGAUUGGAGGAUGCAGAGGCAUUAGUAAAAAGAUUGCAACGCGAAAAUGCAGACCAGCAACGAGAAAUAGCGUCAAUGAAAGCAUCAUCAGCUAAAAAUGGAAAUCGUAAUGGACAUGGUCGAGGUCGAGGGAAUGAAAAUGGCCAUCAUAGCAGAGGAUCAUCAGGAGAUCCUGGACAAUCAAAUAGAAAUUCUUAUAAAUUUCCACCAUUAGAGAAUGAGAAUUAUUGGAGGAAUGUUACUCGAGGCCGUUCAAGUUACGAGCGUCAGUCGGGUCCACAUCGACGAAAUCAUCCGGAAAAAGAAGACAGUGAACCAACUGAUAUGCCCUGCAGAAUUGUCUUACCUGAGUUAUUGAAUAGCAAUGUAAAGCCAGACCUUCCUUGCUAUCCUCCAUUUUAUCGUUCACAGAGAGGAUAUCAUAGUGGUGGAAACUACUAUAGAGAUGGUGGAAAUCGAAAAUUUAGAGGUCAAGGACGUCCAAGAGAUCGUCGAGAUCAAGAUCAUCGUGGCGAUUAUCGAGAUCGAAAUUCGCGAGAACAGUAAUGAGACUUUAACGAUGGCGCACAUACGUCGAGAAAUCAGUAACAAAUUUCAUUAUUAAAUUAUACACGGUAACGUAACCAACGUAUACAAUUACUGCAUAAAAUGUAAUAUGUGGCUUACAAAGCAGACUCUGUGUUUUAGUUACCUCUGCAUUGGAAAAUCAAGUAAAUAUUUAUUAUUCACUUUUAUGAGGAAAGUUUAAUAGGUAUGUUCAUAUAUUAUAAAAGAUUGAAUAUUCUACACUCGGGGAAAAUAUUUUAUAAAAAGUAAUAUAUAUUAUUUGAAAAAGAGAUUAAUUUUUGAAUAUUUAGUAUAUAUUUUUUCAUUUCAUUUAUUCCAGUUGAGUUUAGCUGUACCACAAAUAUAUUUUAUGUAAAUUUGGAUUAAUACUUUGAAAAAUGAAUAUCUUUAUUAUAAGUUCACUUUUUAUAAAAGUAAAUAAUGUUAUUUUAUUUAUUUUAAAUAUAUUAUUCUUUUCUCUUAUGUGAAAGAUCAAGUUUCACAUCAUAUGUAGCUGGAUAAUAGCCGUAUGAUCUGGCAUUAUGAUAAAAAAUGUAGCGAGAUAUAAUGAAUCAAUACAAAAAUACAAAUUAUAAAUUAUAGAGGAAUAUUUACAAUCGUAUUAGAAUCUCCAUCAUACUCUAAAUUUAAUUCAAUAUUAACCCGUAUUAAAUACGAAUUUAAUAAAAAAAUUAAAUACAAAAAAUAAUGGAAUUAUGUAAGACUUAAUAACAACUUAGGAAAGUCAACAUUUCCAGAAAUUAAUUAUUCCAAACUUUAUAGAAAAAAAAAAACAUCGUAAACAUUUAUAUUCCUCCAAGAAAUUACAUAAA